CGUCAGUGCUCAGUUGUCACGCACGCGGUCGGGACUAGCUCAGUGCGCUUCUCCCCGCAGCAGCCGCACGCGCUCCUCAGCUCGAGCGUGUCGUUAAUACUAACUUUUACUCCGAGGAGCUUUCAUGAUUUCUGCUCUCCUCCGGCCGUUUUUCAGGUAAAUCCGCAGAGCGCCAGUCUGCCUCUCGAAACACCGACACUCUCUGCUCUCCGCUGCACGCUGCCGCCUCUCCUCUUCCCGGAGGCUGUUUAUCCGGUUGGUCCGACGCACGGAGGCGUGAUGGAGAAGAUGUCCCGACACGCUCUCCCGUUGAAUCCCGCUUUUCUGCCGCCGAACCCGCACGGAGUUCUGAAGUCCCUGCUGGAGAACCCGAUGAAGCUACCGCUGCAUCAUGAAGCUUUUAGUAAAGACCAGGAGAAGGAGAAGAACCUGGAGGAGGAGCACAGUGCCCCCCAGUCAGCUUUCCUCGGACCAACUCUGUGGGACAAAACCCUCUCCUAUGAUGGAGACACCUUCCAGCUGGAGUACAUGGAUCUGGAAGAGUUUUUGUCAGAGAACGGCAUCCCGUCCAGUCCCUCUCACCAUCACCGGGAGCAGCACCAGGCCCACCACAUCCCACCUCGCCAGCCGCCCAUCAUGACCCCGGUGCCGUCCGCUCCGGCGCGCUCGGUGAUGGACCUCAGCAGCCACGCCUCCACCUCUGUCGUCUCCCCUAACUGCCUGCACAGCAGCCCAGCAAGAGCAGGCCUCCCGAACUCCAGAAACACCCCCAGCCCCAUCGAUCCAGAGUCCAUCCAGGUUCCGGUCAGCUACGAACCCGACCCGGCGGACUUGGCCCUGUCCAGUGUUCCGGGUCAGGAGAUCUUUGAUCCGCGCAAGCGCAAAUUCUCUGCCGAGGAGCUGAAGCCUCAGCCGAUGAUCAAGAAGGCCAGGAAGGUUUUCAUUCCCGAUGACCUGAAGCAGGAUGACAAAUACUGGGCUCGGCGCAGGAAGAACAACAUGGCAGCAAAGCGUUCCCGCGACGCCCGGCGACUUAAGGAAAACCAGAUUGCUAUCCGGGCGGCCUUCUUGGAGAAGGAGAACUCCGCCCUGAGGCAGGAGGUGGCCGACAUGAGGAAGGAGCUCGGACGGGCCAAGAACAUCCUGGCCAAGUACGAGGGCCAGCACGGGCCGCUGUGAUGAGGACAUUCACACAGGCUUCACACACACACACAUACACACACACACACGCGCACGCACACGCACACACACACACACACACACACACACACACACACACACACAACCUCCCCCCCGCACACACACACACACACCAGCGAUUCUCACCUCAGUGCAUGCAGUUCUUAUCCUAACCGACUCGACUCGACGUUAAGUUAACCUCCGGGCAGAAGUUUUUUCUGACGGGGUUGUUUGUUCCAGCAGCACAUCCUUUGUCCUUUGUUUGCUUUAAGCGUCAGAUUUACACGAGCUGUGACUUUUACCUGCUCUGAGUCGAGUAAAACACAUGCACACACACACACGCACCCCCACACACACACACACACACACACACACAC